CGAGCCACGAAGAAAAGAAUUGCCAGCAGAGCCCAGACCCGAACAACGUUUUUCCAUUGAUUUCGCCGCUUAUCCACCGCCUACCUUGUUGCCCGUGGUCACCCAUCUUGUCGUCGUCGUUCUUUGAUUUUUUAACAGUCGUUUGAAGCUUAGGAUGGGAGGCGAGCUGUACUACCUAGAUGCCCGUCAACAACAGGGAGGACAAUCUCAGUCCACAAGCCAAUCUCAAUCUCAAUCGCAAUCUCUAACUCAGUCUGGCUCCGCCGUGUCAGGCUCACAGUCGCAGACUGCGUCGGGCACUUCUUCCUCCUUUCUAUCCAUUCCCCAGUCAGCGCCGGCUGGGCUUCUUACCAUCACCCAGCCACCCCAACAGUCGACCUCUUAUUUCAAAGUCGCUGAGAACCAGUUCAUCACGUUCGGAUGGAAUUUCAGCUACAUCUUAGCCACCCCCACUCACCUUACCGUUUCCGCUGUCUGCGAGAACGGAAACACGUACCCUGUUGGCCCAACUGACGGCGUUAUUCCCGGAACUGCCACCAGUGUUGUUUGGGAUCCGUACACUUACCAAACCUCCCAUCCCAACCUGCCUCUCGCUCAGGCAAAAUACACCCUCAAAAUUUGGGGAGACGGAGGCCCUGACGCUGUACGCGAACCAGGCGUACUGACGCCCAACAGCGCGUUGCAAUUCGCGCUCUAUACGCCGCAAGCUUACACUCCCAUUAAUAGCGGCUGGUCUUGCGCAGGUUGUUCUAGCGCUGUGUCGCAGCACAUUGCGCAACCCACAUUCAUUGCCCUCAUCGCCACCUUAAUGGUGGUGUUCAUCUCCGGCUCAGCUCUCUUGCGACGAAUAUAGGACACGUUGUGAAUGCAUGUUCAACGGCUCGUUGCAUUCUACUUUCAUGUUUAGGGACAUUGUCAGUUAUCACCAGCCUCGCGUUCAUGAAUCGUCUAUACGGACCUUUUAUUACAAUGAUUUUUGGCAUUCAUUUCUUGAUGGACACUUUUUGUUAUCGCUAACUCAUAUGAGUAUAUCAGUUCAUAAUACACCCUGGGUUGGAUUGCACAAGCUGAUCUCUACGCUAUUUGGGUGUGCUAUUUAUUCAAACUAGCCUCUGAUUGCCGAUCA